UUAAACCCUGAGUACGUUUAAUAUGAAAGAGAGAGAGAGAAGAACAUAAAAUGGAAUAAAGUAAAUGGGAAGAGAGACUGUUUGGCUGUACAUAUUUGUAUAUAUAUAUACAAGUAAUUAACAAUGGAAGACUCUCAUUUUUGUAAUCAUCACACGCAGAGAAGCUACAAGUUUUUCUCUCCCAACUCCAAAACUAAUUCUUUCCCUAUUUGCGCUGCCUUCAUUAAUCCACCUUUUCUAUAUUGUGUUCGAAUAAGCAAAUUAAGCAUUUGAUUUAGUUUUGGACGUGCAGAAAGGUUUAGGAUAUAUAGGCAUCCGAAGUUAGUAGGUCGCAGAAAAGGAAAAAGAAAAAUGUGGAGGUUGAAGAUUGCGGAGGAAGGUAGCAGUGAUCCAUAUUUGUACAGCACAAACAACUACGUAGGGAGGCAAAUAUGGGAGUUCGAUCCUGAUGCAGGCACUCCCGAGGAGCGCGCUCAGGUAGAAGAAGCUCGUCGUGUUUUUCACAACAAUCGUCAUCAGGUGAAGCCCAGCAGUGACCUUCUCUGGCGUAUGCAGUAUAUGAGGGAGAAGAAAUUCGAGCAAAAAGUAGGAAAAGUGAAAAUAGAAGAGGGAGAAGAGAUAACAAAUGAGAAGGCGACAGAAGCGUUAAGAAGAGCAGUCCAUUUCUUUUCGGCAUUGCAGGCUAGCGAUGGUCAUUGGCCUGCAGAAAAUGCUGGCCCUUUGUUCUUCCUUCCUCCCUUAGUGAUGUGUAUGUACAUAACAGGACAUCUGGACACCAUACUCCCCAGUGAGCAUCGCAAGGAAAUCCUGAGGUACAUUUACAAUCACCAGAAUGAAGAUGGUGGAUGGGGCCUACACAUUGAGGGCCACAGCACCAUGUUCUGCACCGUUCUCAGCUACAUUUGCAUGCGUCUUCUCGGCGAAGCACCUGAUGGCGGUCAAGACAAUGCUUGUCAAAGAGCCAGAACUUGGAUUCUUCAACAUGGCGGUGUUACUUACAUUCCCUCCUGGGGAAAGACUUGGCUCUCUAUACUUGGUGUCUACGACUGGUCUGGGAGCAACCCCAUGCCCCCUGAAUUCUGGCUUCUUCCUUCAUUCCUUCCUAUGCACCCAGCAAAAAUGUGGUGCUACUGUCGGAUGGUUUACAUGCCGAUGUCUUAUCUGUACGGAAAAAGGUUUGUGGGCCCUAUUACUCCUCUCAUUCUUCAACUCAGACAAGAGCUCCAUACUCAACCUUAUGAUCAAGUCAACUGGAAGAGAACCCGUCAUCAGUGUGCCCGUGAGGAUCUCUACUACCCCCAUCCGUUGAUUCAAGAUUUGAUGUGGGAUGCUCUCUACAUAUUCACUGAGCCUCUCCUUACUCGUUGGCCUUUGAACAAAUUCAUUAGAAACAAGGCUCUUCGAGUCACCAUGAACCACAUUCACUAUGAAGAUGAAAACAGUCGUUACAUUACCAUUGGAUGCGUUGAGAAGGUAGCCGUGCUAUGCAUGCUUGCUUGCUGGGUUGAAGAUCCAGAUGGCGAUUAUUUCAAGAAGCAUCUCGCUAGGAUCCCUGAUUACAUUUGGGUUGCUGAAGAUGGAAUGAAAAUGCAGAGUUUUGGAAGUCAACAGUGGGAUACUGGUUUUGCCAUCCAAGCCUUGCUUGCUAGUAAUCUUACUGAAGAAAUAGGAGAUGUGCUCAAGAGAGGGCAUGAUUUCAUAAAGAAAUCUCAGGUCAAAGACAAUCCUUCUGGCGACUUCAAAAGCAUGUACAGGCAUAUUUCUAAGGGAUCUUGGACAUUCUCGGACCAAGACCAUGGAUGGCAAGUUUCUGAUUGCACUGCAGAAGGAUUGAAGUGUUGCCUGCUCUUUUCAAUGAUGCCGUCAGAAAUUGUCGGCGAGAAAAUGGAACCAAAACAGUUGUAUGAUGCUGUCAAUAUACUUCUUUCUUUACAGAGUAAAAAUGGGGGUUUAGCAGCAUGGGAGCCAGCUGGGGCUCCAGAAUGGCUGGAAGUGCUGAAUCCAACAGAGUUUUUCGCUGACAUAGUCAUCGAGCACGAAUAUGUGGAAUGCACUGCAUCUGCAAUCCAUGCAUUAGUUUUGUUCAAGAGAUUAUACCCUGGGCACCGAAAGAAGGAGAUAGAGAAUUUCAUCAGCAAUGCCGUACGAUAUCUCGAAAGCAUACAAAGUGAGGAGGGAGGAUGGUAUGGGAAUUGGGGAGUUUGCUUCACUUAUGGUACAUGGUUUGCACUGGGAGGACUGGCAGCUGCUGGGAAGACGUACAACAAUUGCGUAGCAAUGCGCAAAGGUGUGGAUUUUCUUCUAAGAAUACAAAAGGAUGAUGGAGGUUGGGGAGAGAGCUAUAUUUCAUGCCCUCAGAAGAAAUAUGUGGCUCUCGAAGGAAAGAGAUGGAAUUUGGUACAUACCGCAUGGGGAAUGAUGGGUCUGAUUAAUGGUGGACAGAUGGAUAGAGAUCCAAAACCUCUUCACGCAGCUGCAAAGCUUAUAAUCAAUUCCCAAUUGGAAGAUGGAGAUUUUCCUCAACAGGAGAUCACGGGUGUGUUCAUGAAGAACUGCAUGUUACAUUAUGCAGCAUACAGAAAUAUCUAUCCACUGUGGGCCCUGGCAGAAUACAGAAAUCGUGUUCCUUUGACUUCCAGAACCAUUUAAUAAAUAAAAUAAAAUUCAAAAGGCUAAUUAAUUUUCUCUUGUAACUUAAUGUUUCUCAGGAAUAAAAUAUGGAUGCAAUAUUUCCUAA